CCGGUGACAUCAGUUAGGUUUGAAGAAGAAAAAAAGUCUCAGCUCUCGACUCAAACCGUGCAGUGGUUCAACAAGGGGGCCGAGAGCGCCUUCCCGACUUUUUCAAUUAUAUAGCCCGCAAAGAGAACUGGACGAAACUGUAGGCUUUCAUCUCAACUACUAUAAUUUGACCUCGUCAACCCGGGGAGUGAGGAUUAUAACAUUUAUUCAGAGAAUAUGUCAACCUCAGACGAGGCAGACGGGCUUCGGCCGAGAUAUGGGUCCGUUCUGGAUGGUGUGGAGCGACUCACAGCAGAGGAGAUGGACGAGAGGAGGCAGCAGAACAUGGCCUACGAAUACCUCUGUCAUCUCGAGGAGGCGAAACGGUGGAUGGAGGCGUGUCUGGAUGAGGAGCUCCCGCCCACCACAGAGCUGGAGGAGGGGCUUAGGAACGGGGUGUACCUGGCCAAACUCGGCAACUUCUUCGCCCCACAAACCGUUUCCAUCAAGAAGAUCUACGACCGCGAGCAGACCCGCUACAAGGCGACUGGGCUUCAUUUUAGACAUACAGACAACGUCAUCCAGUGGCUCAAUGCCAUGACAGAGAAGGGCCUGCCAAAGAUCUUCUAUCCAGAGACUACAGACAUCUAUGAUAGGAAGAACAUGCCGCGCUGCAUCUACUGCAUACAUGCUCUCAGUUUGUACCUGUUCAAGCUGGGUCUAGCCCCUCAGAUCCAGGACCUGUAUGGCAAGGUGGACUUCACAGAGGAGGAGAUUAACAACAUGAAGAGUGAACUGGAGAAGUAUGGAAUCCAGAUGCCCGCCUUCAGCAAGAUUGGUGGCAUCCUGGCCAAUGAGCUGUCAGUGGAUGAGGCUGCGUUGCAUGCUGCAGUGAUAGCCAUCAAUGAGGCCAUAGACCAGGGGGUUCCCGAGGGCACCAUGGCUGCCAUGCAGAACCCCAACGCCAUGCUGCUUCAGAUGAACACCUGCUCUGCCCAGCACUACCAGGACAUGCUGCACAGUGCCAAGGCUGAGAAGGUGGCCAACUCACGCAAACGGCUGGGGGAGAACUCCGACGCAGAGAGAGAUGUCUAUGAAGAGCUCCUCACACAGGCUGAGAUCCAGGGCAACGUCAACAAGGUCAACUUGACCAGUUCCCUGAGUGCAGCCGAGCAGGCCCUGCUGAGUGGUGAUGAAGACCGGCUGUAUGAGGCACUUCGCUCCCAGGCUUUGGGCCUACACCGCCUGCAGGCCCAGAACAAGGGCUGGUACCUCAAACAGCUGAUGGCUGCCCGCGAGGACAAAGAACAGAAUUGUCCAGGGGAGGCGCUGACUAAAGAUGAGUUGCAAACUGGAGUAGAUGCAGCCAAUGGGAUUGCAGCAGGCUAUCAGAAAAUGUUGCAGGCGGUGGAGAGGAUAAACACGGCCGUCAGAGCGGGUGUGCCCGAGAACACUGCAGCAGAGCUGAUGAACCCUGAUGCCCAGCUGCCCGAGGUCUACCCCAGCGCUGCCGACCUCUAUCAGAGAGAGCUGACCAGCCUGCAGCAGCAGAGCCCAGAUGGUUCUCUGUCCCACCCGGAGCUACUGGUUGCCGUGGAGAUGUUGUCGUCGGUGGUGUUGAUAAAUAGGGCGUUGGACGUGGGUGACCGGAAUUCCAUGUGGAGACAACUGGCCAGCGCCGUUACUGGACUCAGUAACGUAGAGGACGAAUACGCACAGAGGUAUAUGGAUGAAUUGAUGCGGCUGAAGGCAGUGGCCAGGGAGGAAGGCAGUGACUAUCUGACCUGGAACGACAUCCAGGCCUGUGUUGACCAGGUCAACUUGACCAUACAGGAGGAGCACGAACGUAUUGUGGCCAUCGGUCAGAUCAACGAAGCUCUGGAUGGGGGAGACCCACAGAACACCCUAGAAGCCCUCCAGCACUCUGCAGCCAAGCUAACAGACGUAGACCCCUCCGUCGCCCAGCACUACUACGACAAACUGCUUGAGACCCGCAGGGAGAAGGCACAUGAGACCCAGGACCCCUCCGCUGUGCUCUGGUUGGAUGAGAUCCAGGGCGCCAUACUGAUGUCCAAUAAGGAUACCCAGGAGGCCUUGCAGUUCUCCCAGGCCAUCCAGGCCAUCAACAGAGCGGUGGACAGUGGCGAGGCGCCGAAGACCCUGGCUGCUCUGCGCUCCCCUGGGGCCGGCCUCUACGGAGUCACCCCUGAGUGUGCCCAGAACUACCAGGACGACUUGGCCAAGAUCAGACAGGACAAGACCCAGGCUGGUGACAACGGCAGUGACUGGAUGAAGCACUGGGUGAAGGGAGGACACAACUACUACUACAACCUGAAGACAGGAGAGGGCUCCUGGACUGAACCUGCAGACUUCCUCCAGAACAACACCCAGCUCAACAAGGAGGACAUCCAGUCUGUGGUUUCCGGGGUGACCACCACCUACAACCGGGAGCAGCUGUGGCUGGCCAAUGAGAGCCUGAUUGCCAAGCUGCAGGCCGGAUGCCGUGGCUACCUGGUGAGGAAAGGCCUGAAGGAGAGAAAAGACUUCCUGAAAUCCCAGGACCCUGCCAUUACCACCAUACAGGCUCAUUUUAGAGGCUACAAGCAGAGGAAGGUCUAUAUAAAGAGGAAGGAGUACCUGAAUGACCACAGUGAGGAUGCUGUAAAGAUCCAGUCGAUGGUGAGGAUGCACCAAGCUCGCAAGAAGUACAGAGACCGCCUUAAGCACUUCAAGGACCAUAUCAAUGAAGUAGUGAAGAUCCAGGCGUUCAUCAGAGCCAACAAAGCCAGAGACGACUACAAGACACUCAGUGAGUAUGAUGAUGAUGAGAACCCUCACCCACCACUGGCUUUCUCUUUUCACCAUCUCCUCUCCAUACGGAGUCUCCUCUCCAUCGUGGGUAACCUGCUGUACUACCGCUACAUGAAUCCGGCCAUCGUGGCGCCCGACGCCUUCGACAUCAUCGACCUGUCGGCCGGAGGUCAGCUGACCACAGACCAACGGCGGAACCUGGGCUCCAUCGCCAAGAUGCUGCAGCACGCCGCGUCCAACAAGAUGUUCUUGGGGGACAACGCCCACCUCAACCCCAUCAACGAGUACCUCAGCAGCUCCUACCAGAAGUUCAGGCGUUUCUUCUUGGCGGCGUGUGACGUCCCAUCAUUGGAGGACAAGUUCAACGUGGAUCAGUACUCUGACCUGGUCACGCUUCAGAAACCUGUCAUCUACAUCUCUAUAGGGGAGGUCAUCAACACACACACGCUGCUGUUGGACCACCAGGAUGCCAUCGCCUCGGAGCACAACGACCCCAUCCACGAGCUGCUGGAGGAUCUGGGAGAGGUGCCCACCAUAGAGUCCCUCAUCGGUGAGAACCCCCUCCCCCCAGGGGACCCCAACAGGGAGACGAUGGGGAAGACCGAGGUGUCCCUCACCCUCGCCAACAAGUUUGACGUCCCCGGAGAGGCCAAUGCUGAGAUGGACGCCAGGACUCUACUGCUUAACACCAAGCGGCUGAUCGUGGAUGUGAUCCGGUUCCAACCUGGAGAAACACUCACUGAGAUUCUGGAGGGUGCUGCCAGUCCUGAACAGGAAGUGGAGUACCAGCGUGCUAUGCAGCGGCGUGCCAUCCGUGAUGCCAAAACCCCGGAGAAGAUGAAGCAGGCCAAGCCGGUGGUGGAUGACAGCCUGACGCUGCAGGGCAAGAAGGACAAGAUCAGGAGCAACCUGCAGCGCCUGGCAGAGCUGGGCAAGGUGCACCCUGAGAACCGCUACCAGGACCUCAUCAACGACAUCGCCAAGGACAUCCGAAACCAGCGGCGGUAUCGGCAGCGGAGGAAGGCGGAGCUGGUGAAGCUCCAACAGACUAACACCGCCCUCAACUCCAAGACCGCCUUCUACAAUGUCCAGAUUGACUACUACAAUCAGUACAUCAAGACCUGCAUGGACAACCUGGCCAGCAACAAGGGCAAGCUGUCAAAGAAACCAGGUGACACCAAGGCCAAGAAGAGUAAACAGGUGUCUCAGAAGUACACCGCCGCUCGCCUCCAUGAGAAGGGUGUGCUGAUCGAGAUUGAAGACCUGCAGACAAACCAGUUUAAGAAUGUUAUCUUUGAGAUCUCUCCGUCGGAGGCGGUUGGAGUGUUCGAUGUGAAGGCCAAGUUCAUGGGAGUGCACUUGGAGACGUUACAGUUGGAAUACCAGGACCUCCUCCAGCUGCAGUACGAGGGUGUGGCUGUGAUGAAGCUCUUCGACAGGGCCACCAUCAAUGUCAACCUGCUCAUCUUCCUGCUCAACAAGAAGUUUUACGGAAAAUAGAUGGAUGAGUCGGGGAGAGGGAGGGAAAGAAGGAGAGGGGGCUACAGACACUGUUGAGAACAGAACAUCUAACAGAGGGCCUUGGCUCUAUGCUGUCUUGUCUUAGCUCGGUUUCCCCCUCUUCCGCACUACUUUAAGUAUAUGUAUUCAUUAUGUGCCUUAUUGAGAUGGAAUAUUCACCGUACGGUAUGUGCCUUAUUGGCAAAGGAAAAGUCCACCGGAAGCCUGCUGGAUGCGCCCAGUGUAUCCUGGUCAGGAUUCAGAGUGCUUUUUGUGUUACUAUGUUACUGUAAGACUGUCAAAGGUAUAAGAUAUGGAUGUGUCUGUGUCAGGCGCUUGUUUUCCGGUUAUUUGAAACACAGUUCAACAGUUGCAUGCUGAUGACAUCACGCAAGCAAUUUUGUCAUACAGUAUAGCUUGAAGAAACUUGCAAAUCCACUAUUGGCAUAGGAAUAGCCUUUCAAGAGUAGACUGAACAAUCAAUGUAGAAAAGAUGUGUUUAUUAUGCUUUGUGUUAAAUAAAUGUAUAAAAGAAAA